CGCCCUUCUUGCCCGCCCGCUCGCCCGCCCGCUCGCCACCGGCAAACCCGAGCCCUUGAACGGCGGCAAUCUGGCGAAACGAGAAUAUUCUCAACCGCGAUGUCGCCACAGUCGCACUCUUCUUGAAUUGUUCUUCAGCCUCCGCCGUAUAUAUUUAAAACAUUUUUCUUUACCAACAAAUCUUUGAAGCCACCGCCGUGGUGGGACAAGCGGCUGACGGCUGCCGCCGCCGCCGCCGCCGCCUGCCGGGAUAGGCGCGCCCCAGGGCGGCCGAGCUUCUAGGCGAGGGGCGGUGUGCCCGACGCCUGGGCCUAGCGGCUCGACCUUGGGUCCGUGAAGUUGGCGUUCUUGAAGCACAUCGCAGUCUGAUUUCUGUUGAAAGGGUUGGCUGUGGGGCUGAGGAGGUCGGGGCUGAGGAGGAGGGGGUUGGUUUUGGGAGAAUUCCACGGAAUCUACGUUGAACAUGGGCGUGAGGAAAGACGUGAGGAUCCUGCUGCUGGGAGAACCCAAGGUGGGGAAGACCUCCUUGAUUAUGACUCUUGUCAGCGAGGAGUUCCCAGAAGAGGUGCCUCAUCGAGCGGAGGAGAUCACCAUACCAGCAGACGUCACGCCGGAAAAGGUCCCUACGCACAUUGUGGACUACUCGGACAUCGAACAGACCGAUGAAGAACUACAGGAGGAGAUUCUCCGGGCUCACGUGGUGUGCGUGGUCUAUGCAGUGGACGACCAGGAUUCCAUUGAGAAGAUCACGAGCAAGUGGGUGCCGCUGAUAAUCGAAACCGUCGGCAAAGAUGGAAGGAUACCCAUAAUCCUCGUGGGAAACAAGACGGACUUGGUGGAGCAGAGCUCAAUGGAGGCCAUUCUUCCCAUCAUGAACCAGUACUCCGACAUUGAAGCAUGUGUGGAGUGUUCGGCACGGGUGCUGCGCAACAUCUCGGAGGUUUUCUACUAUGCCCAGAAGGCGGUGCUGCAUCCCACGGGGCCCCUCUACUCGCCGGAGGAGAAACAGCUGAGGCCGGGGUGUGUGAAGGCUCUCACCCGAAUCUUCAGGAUCUCGGAUCAGGACAACGAUGGGCUGCUCAAUGACACGGAGAUCAACUACUUCCAGAAAACCUGCUACAAGUCGCCCCUGGCUCCCCAUACGCUGGAGGACGUCAAGAACGUGGUGAGGAAGAACACGACCAACGGCGUGCUGGCUGGCGCCCUCACCUUGGAAGGCUUCCUGUUCCUGCACACGCUGUUUGUGCAGCGCGGGCGGCACGAGACGACAUGGACGGCGUUGCGCCGCUUCGGCUACGACGAGGGCCUGGAUCUCACUGAUGAGUACCUCUACCCGUCGCUCAAGGUUCCUUCCGACUGCACGACCGAGCUCAACCACCACGCCUACAACUUUCUGCAGAGGAUCUUUGAAAAACAUGACCUGGACCGCGACGCGCUGAGCCUGGAGGAGCUGAAGGAGCUGUUCGGAGUGUUUCCCUACAUGCCCUGGGGGCCCGACGUCAAUCACACGGUGCUCACCAACGAGCGAGGAUGGAUCACCCAGCAGGGAUACCUCGCGCAGUGGACGCUCACGGCGUACCUAGACGUGCACCGAUGCCUCGAGUACCUGGGACACUUGGGGUACCCGCUCCUCGCCGACCAGCCCUCCCAGGCCUCGGCAAUCACAGUGACGCGAGACAAGAAGCUGGAUCUGACGAAGAAGCAAACGCAGCGGAACGCGUUCCUGUGCAACGUUUUCGGCGUGCGAGGAGCUGGAAAGAGUGCGUUCCUGCAAGCCUUCCUGGGGAAGAACCUGUCCAGGCAGAAGCGCAUCCGGGAGGAGCACCGGUCGCUGUACGCCAUCAACGCCCUCUCCAUCUACGGACACGACAAGUACCUGCUGAUGCAUGAAAUCGACACGGACUCGGAGUUCCUGGCAUCGGGCGACGUGCGCUGCGAUGUCGCCUGCCUCCUCUACAAUGUGGACGACCCCCACUCCUUCGAGUACUGUGCUCGCAUCUUCAAGCAACACUUCCUGGACAGCCGCGUGCCGUGCGUGGUGGUGGCUACAAAGUCGGACCUCGGCGCCGUCAAGCAGCUGCACGGGCUGAGCCCCGCCGAGUUCUGCCGCAAGCACCGGCUGCCGCUGCCGGCGCCCUUCACGCCCGGCGUCGGUGACGCCGAAACACCGUGCCGCGACAUCUUCCUCAAGCUGCUCACGGUCGCCAUCUACCCCCACUCCCAGUUAGACUGCCUGUGUAACUGCAACAAGUGUACACUCUGCGUGUGUCAAAACCUGCUGGGCUCAGCCCUGCUGCGAGGCCUCCGAAGCCGCCUCCUCGCCUCCCUGCGCUCCAGGUUGUGGGAUUGUCUGGAGGAGCUGGGAGUGAUAGUCCUGUCCAGCGGGGAGCGGCGAGGCCCCCCGCACCAGGUGCACGCUGUCGCGCUAGGCGAAGGGAGCGCCUUCUUGGGAGUGUCACUCCCUCGAAGGCAUUGGCGGGAGUGCGAGGCGCGGGGCUCGUCCGUGUGGCUUCGCGCCAGCAUCGGGGCCGCCAUGAUCGCGCUGCUCGGCCUGGGUGUUUACCGCGCGCUCGUGCGGACGCAGCGGUGACCAGCGAGCGCCGUGAACACCGCCGGGCCCCCCCCCCUCCCUCCACCACACCCCCACCACCGUGGACCCACUGCGGUCGUAGUUCCGCGAGACGGGACCAGAGGCACCUUGGAGGGAGUCUGGACGUGCAUCGCCCCAUGUCCUGGAGACCUCGUAACCG